ACGAAAACAUAUGUUUGUGUUCACCUUUGUUGUCACUUGACAGUUUGUGAUUCUCUUGAAACUGUCUUACAAUUAGUUAAUUCACUUUAAUUUAUUCCAUUUAUUUAAUUAUUUAUUCGUGUUUUCAAUCAACUUAAUGCAAUGUCUUCUUCGGGCUCUGGUAAUAAGACUUCUCGUGAGAAGCGAUUUCUUUUGAAAGAAUAUUAUAAACCUGAGGAAAUGGUCUCUGAGAGUGGGAAUGUUGAUAUUGGUGAUCUUUUCAACGUUAAUAGUCCCGAUUUCAAUGCUGAUCUAUAUUUAAGCAAGCUUCUCAAGGAAUGUAAUAUAUCACAAUUAAUGGACAAAGAAGAUGUGCUACGCCGUCAAAUUCAAAGUCUUGACAAUGAGAUGCAAACAUUAGUCUAUGAGAAUUAUAACAAAUUCAUCAAUGCAACUCAAACAAUCAAAAAGAUGAGUAACCAUUUUGAUAAAAUGGAGGAACAAUUAACUGAACUAUCUUCAAAUAUGGAAAAGAUAACAGUCUCCAGUGAAGAAAUAUCAAAAAAUUUGGCUACUCGUCGGCAAGAUUUGUCCAAAUUAUCAGCGACCGAUGGUGUCCUCAAAAAGCUACAAUUUCUGUUUGACCUUCCACCCAAGAUGAAAAAAUAUAUCGAGGAAAGAAAGUACGACGAGGCCAUUUCUUCCUACAAUCAAGCCGUUGGAACCUUAUCAAGAUACUCACAUUUCCCAUCUAUCGAAGCCAUUGACCAUGAAUGUGAACAAAUUCUGAGCAAAUUAAGACAAGAAUUAUAUAAUCAAUUACAAGAUAGUGAUAUCAACACACAACAAUUAGCGAUAACUAUAAAUCUUUUGCUCGGCCUUAAUGAAUCGCCUUCUCAAUUAUCUUCAGCAUUUCUUGAAACUUCCAAAAAAGCGCUUACCAUUAAUAUAACGGAACUUGAAAAGGAAACCAGUAAUUUUGUUCAACAACAAAAAUCGACCUCAGAAGAUGUUCAAAAAAUGGACAUUCUCGAGUAUAUGGACCUUGCAUCUAAUGGUUUCGUCAGCAAUUUAUCAAUCAUAAUUACCUCUUAUAAAGAGAUUUUCAUUCAAAAAUUAGCUCUCAAUGAUAAUGUUGAUGAAAAUCAUUUGAUUGACAAUUUGAAAAGUUUUGUCAACCAAUUGAUGGACUCAUUUUUUAGUCAAAUCAAGACUCGUCUUUCAAUUGAACCUUUUAAUACCUUGGAAAUCGCUUUCUUUGUCCGUUCCUUGGAUCGUCUCUACCGUCGACUUCAGGCCUUAUCCAAUAUAUUUGGUUAUCAAAAUUACACCGGCGAUGCAUUCAAUAUAAUCUGGGACUCAAGUUCAGCUCAAUGUUCAAAAGCUUUAGAACUUUCCAAGAUCAAGUUCGAUGAGGAAUUGGUUAACGCUCGCCAUUCAAUAAUCGGUUUAACCUCUCAUGAAACUGAGGAUAAAAUUUCCCUAUCCGAUAUUGUGGUGUCUUUGGAAACCUCAUUAAGUGAAUCAAUUAAAAAUACGGUCAAAAGUUUGAGUGUUUUCUCGGCUCCUGAUUUAUCCUUCCUGGUUAAAACCAAUUUUCGUGAUGAUUUUAUUCUUGAUGUUCGUGAAAAAGUGGUCGCUUCAAUGCUCAAAUAUGUCAUCUCACUUUCAACGGAACACCAACGUUCCAACUCAUCGGCUACUCCUCUUUUGGUACUUCUCUUGUCCCGUCUUAACCUUGAUCUUGACCUUACCAUGAUUAGUUACCUGAUUAAUUUUACGGAAGAGCAACUAUACAUUUCUCGUGACAUGAAACCUUAUCCACAUCUAACUGGAUUAAAACAAUCGGCUAAAGAUUGUGCCCAAAAUUUAAUCAACAACUACGUUAGACUGGAAGGUCACAGUUUAUCUCAAAUGAUCAAAAAAUCUAUCGAAACUCGAGACUGGUCUAGUGGAGUUGAACCUCGUUCAGUUCGAUCAGUCAUGAAACGCGUUGUAGAAGAUGUUUCAUUAAUCGAUAGUCAAGUGACCCAAUUGUAUGAAGAAGGUUCAAGAACUGAGCGAAGUUCAGAUUCAAGUCGAAGUCGCAAUACCAUGAGUGGAAUCGGUCUCCCCUCAUCUCGAUCCUACAGUCGAUCUAAUUGGAGCUCUUAUGGAGCAAGCACAAUCGACAAUAGUCUAAUCAGUAACAUCCAGAGAUUAUUUGGUGAAAGAAUUGAAAUAUUCAGCUCGGUUGAAUUUUCCAAGCUCUCAAUUGUAACCGGAAUAAUAAAGAUUGGACUCAAGACAUUCCUUGAAUCGGUUCGUUUAUGUACUUUUAGUACAUUUGGACUACAACAAGUCCAAGUUGAUUUGUAUUACCUACAAACUCACCUUUGGAGAUUUGUAACUGACGAAAAUUUGGUCCACAGUAUGAUCGAUGAAGUCUUAAGGAGCACAAUUAAUCGCUGUUUAGAACCAGUUCUAAUGGAAAUGAGUAUUGUUGAAAAACUGUGCGAAGGCCAAUAGAACGCUAAUUACUUUACAAUCCAAUAAGUGAAUCAAAUUAAACACUCGACACAACAAAAAAUUAAAAGGAUACAAAAUCUAAUCAUCAGCUCUCUUUAAGAAUUCAGUUGAAUAACUGUAAAUAUCAAUAAUUAUUACACUCUAAUUAUCAAUUGUUAUGACAUGAAGCAAAUAAAAUCUACGAUUAAACAUAUUAA